UGUCUUCUGUCAUUUUCAUUUUAGCUUUUAUCAUUGACCAGAAACAAUGUCUUCUGAGCUUGAUAAUUGGAUAGAAAUUGCAAAACAAUGCAAAUAUUUACCGGAAAAUGAUCUUAAAAAGUUAUGUGAUAUAGUGUGCAGUAUUUUAUUAGAAGAAUCAAACGUUCAACCUGUAUCUACUCCCGUUACUGUAUGCGGUGAUAUACAUGGUCAGUUUUAUGAUCUCGAAGAGUUAUUUCGGAAAGGCGGACAAGUUCCCGAUACCAAUUACGUAUUUUUAGGGGAUUUCGUCGAUAGGGGCUACUACAGUUUAGAAACAUUCACAAGACUUCUAACGCUCAAAGCGAAGUAUCCAAACAAAAUCACAUUAUUAAGGGGCAAUCACGAAAGUAGGCAGAUCACGCAGGUUUAUGGCUUUUAUGAUGAAUGUAUGACUAAGUAUGGAAAUGUUAACGCUUGGAAGUAUUGCUGUGGUGUAUUCGAUUUGUUGACUAUUGCUGCGAUAAUAGAUGAGAAAAUUUUGUGUGUUCAUGGAGGACUAAGUCCAGAAAUUAAAACUUUAGAUCAAAUUAGAAUAUUAGAAAGGAAUCAAGAAAUCCCUCACAAAGGAGCAUUCUGUGAUUUGGUAUGGUCUGACCCUGACUAUAUAGAUACCUGGGCUACUAGUCCCAGAGGAGCAGGUUUCCUAUUUGGAGCCAAAGUCACUAAUGAUUUCAUGAGAAUUAAUGCUCUAACUUUAAUAUGCAGGGCUCAUCAGUUAGUACAUGAAGGGUAUAAAUAUAUGUUUGAGGACCAGCUGGUGACAGUUUGGUCUGCUCCCAAUUAUUGUUAUAGAUGUGGCAAUGUAGCUAGCAUAUUGGAAUUCACCACUGCCAACAAGGGAAAUGCAACACUGUUCAAGGCUGUGCCGGAUGCUGAAAGAGUUAUACCCAGUAGAAAUAUCACACCAUACUUUUUAUAAUUUAAUUUUAAAUAUAUUUUUUAAUACGUU